UCAAUGCUCUUACAUUUCCAUUUUUGAUCCUAAAAACAAAGUAAACUAUGCAGGGAAAUGUCAAAAAGAAGGAAUCUGAGAAAACACAAAAUUUUAUUACCUGGCAGUUUAUUCUGGAUAAUCUUAUGAAAUCAAAGGUAAAACUCCCAAGGAUGAAGAAAUCUCAGGCAAAAAUGGAGUCACUAAAGUAGGAGAAACUUCAUAAUUUUGCUAAACAAGAUAGGACACCAAAAACUGAGUCUACAAACGAACACGUAUAUUUUGGUAUUACUCAUGAGGCUGGUCCUAACUCUUCUACUUAUAAGCAUAAUCUGUGCUUUACUCUGGUACUUCCUGAACUCCACUCUCAACCUCCUUCUCUUAAUCAAAAUGGAAUUCUGGAGGAAAAAGAGAGCCUGUAUUAAAGCAGGAAACCCUAGAGGCAACAGCAAUGGUAAAACAAUGAAGAAGAAAUAAUGUAGCAAGAAAAGGAAAGGUCUCAAAAGAUCAAAGACAAGAACAAGGCUAAAGAAAACUCUAAUUCUAAAAUUGACAAGAAGGAGCUCCAAGUCCUUUCAUGCCCAAAAAGUGGCUCAUCAUUGUCGAAUUACGAUAGAGGAGGGACUGUAGAGUAGCCAUGAGCUUGGCACAACCUUCUUGACCAGUUCCAUGACGUAUCUUUGAGUAUUUGAGAAAUAACUCAAGCGAAGAUAUUGCAUGCCUAGCAUUUCAAACUGGUAAUGAUUUCAUUUGACGCUUUUGGCUUUCAAGAUAUUAUAAUUGAUAAAUACCAAAGGCCUUUAUAUAUUACUGAUGAGUAGUCCUGAUUGUAAGCCAUUUUGGAGAGUC